UCUCGUUCUCCCGCCCCCUGCGAGGGACUGCAUCAUCGAUUAUAUGCCGUACUGUCGUUCCUCGUAUACGUGCUAAAUAUCCCUUCCCUUCUGCAUUACUGUUAUUAUUGUCUUUGACCCGUUUCCGUGCUGUCCCUCCGUUGUAAGGCAUCUCUUCCUGCAACAAACACCUUACUCUCUACAUUUCACUCACACCCAGGUCCAGUCAUUCAUUCACCAGCCAACCUCAACGUUGAUCGUUGAUAUUUGCUUUAUUGUCUUUCCGUUUUUCUUCUCACUUUCUUUCCCUUCCCUUUCCCUUCUCCGUGCUCAACCAUGGAUCUCUACCAGGCCACAUUUGGCGCAUCGCUAUUCCUCAACAGCAUAUUCCUAUAUCGCAACUAUCGGAAGACAACAUCGAUUCCUCAAGAAGAACAGGACGAUAUUAAGGUGGAACACCGGGGCCGUGUCGAUGAUGGACAACUGUUAAAAGCAUUCAAAUGGCGCUUCUUUCCUAUCUAUCUCCUGGUCAAUGGUGCAGACUGGCUCCAGGGACCAUACAUCUACCCAAUCUACAAAGAUGAGAAGAAACUGCCUGAAGAUAUGGUCGCAGCAUUAUUCAUGAUCGGAUUCCUUUCCGGAGGUGUAUCUGCCUCCUUCAUUGGAGGCAUCGCCGACCGAUGUGGCCGCCGUCUUGCUUGCCUCGCCUACUGCAUCAUCUACUCGUUAUCUUGCAUGACACUGCUUUCCAACCACGUACCUGUACUCUUCUUCGGACGGAUGCUCGGCGGAAUGAGUGGGACAUUGCUGUACAGCGUCUUUGAGAGCUGGAUGGUGGCCGAGUUCAAUGCGCGCUUACCCGACGAGCCUAGUUCGACAUUGAGCAACAUCUUCAGCACCAUGACUAUGCUGAACAGCGUUGUUGCCAUCGUGGCGGGUAUCAUUGCCGAGUGCGUUUUUAAUUGGACUGGCACGGCUAAGGCGCCGUUCAUGGUGUCGAUUCUUUGCUUGAUCAGCGCAUUCGCUGCCAUCAGUUGCUUCUGGGGCGAGAACUAUGGUGGAUCCCGAGCCGGAGGUGCACAGGAAGAGCAUGCCAGUCUCUUGGAGAAGCAGAGUGCUGACGAGCCUGCGCCCACACAAUCGGCAGUCUGGUCGGUUCUAAAAGACAAGAACAUCCUCGUUCUCGGACUGACGUCAUGCUUCUUCGAAGGCUCCCUCUUCCUUUUCAUCUUCUUCAAGUUCCCUGCCCUUCUGCAAGCACAUAAGCUGUCUGGGUCAACAACAGAACUUCCGUUCGGCCUGAUCUUCGCAAUCCUGAUGUGCUCCAUGAUGUUUGGCUCCAUGCUCUACAACCACCUCACCAGCAUUUCCCAUUCCGCAACCACCUCCCCCCUCCCCGUGACCCGUCUCCUCAUCGCAACCCUCCUCGUUGCUUCCCUCUGCUUCCUGCUCCCCACCCGAAUCCGCUGCGAAAGCGUAACCCUCUGGUGCUUCUGCAUGUUCGAAGUUUGCUGCGGUAUUUACUACCCACUUAUGGGCUACCUCCGUGGCAAGUUGGUCGACGACGGCGCGAGGGCGAGCGUGUACGGAUUCCUCCGCGUGCCGUUGAAUGCGUUCGUCGUCAUCGCACUGGGAAUGACCAAGGAGGGUGAGAGGCACCGCGAUCUCGUGUUCACGACGUGUGCGGGGUUGUUGCUUGUUGCGGCCGCGGUCGUGCACAAGGCCUUAUAAGGUGAGAAAGGCGUAGCAACUUAAGCUUUUCUUACCCUUGGCGCUUUUUUUGGUCUUUUAUAUCGUUGUACGGCGUUGAAAAUGGCGCCUGCUGAAUUGAACGGCCUUUAUCACAUGUAGUAUUAUUCUCCACUACAAAGAAUAUGAAAUGAAAUGAAUAUAACCACG